GGGCACGGCCAUUGGGGGGGUCCCGGUGGGUUUUGGGCGGGGGAGGGGGAGCGGCCCCGUUGCCCCCCGGGCCCGGCGGGGUCGGUGCCGGUGCCGCAGCCCCCGGGACAGCGCCCCCCCUGGCGGCCGGGGCGGGAACUGCAGCGGGGGCGCUUUGGGGACGGGGACAGCGACAGCGACAGCGACACGGGACAGCGACACGGGACAGCGACACGGGACAGCGACACGGGACCCGCCACCGCCACCGAGCGUGUCCCCCCGCCGUGUCCCCGGUGCCACAAUCCCGGCGGUGUCGCCUCCCGCCGUGUCCCCUCCCCGCGGUGUCCCCGCGCUCCGCUGUGACCCCGGCAGGCGGGGCCGGCACCGAGCGGGUUAAGCGCGGCUGUGACGCGGCCCCGUCCCCGCCCCCGGGCUGGAGCUGUCAGCGGCCCCGGUGUCGCCGCUGUAUCGCGGCUGUAUCGCGACUCUAUCGCGGCUCUAUCGCGGCUCUAUCGCGGCUGUCGCGGCCAUGGCGGGGCUGCUGCCGGCGCUGGUGGCGGUGUCGCAGAAGGCGGCCGAGGUGGCGCGGCGCUGCCGGGCGGAGGAGCCGCUGUUCCGGCUCCUGGUGGCCGAGAAAUUGGGCCCGGAGCGCAGCGCCCGCUUCGAGCGCGACUUCAAGACCCUGGCGGAUGUGCUGAUCCAGGAGCUCAUCAAACACGACCUGGGGACACAGUUCCCCGAGCUCCGGGGACACAUCCACGGCGAGGAGAGCAGCGAGUUCAGGGACGCCAGCGGUGGCACGGUGACAAUCCGGGUCGGUGCCACCCCGGCGGACACGGUGGCCCUGCUGGUGGCCGUGCUGGGCCCCGAGCACACGCGGGCGGCCGAGCUGCUGGCAGAGGCCGUGCACCAGGAGGUGACACUUGGGGACGCGGAGCUGGAUGGCAUCGACCCCGGAUUGUCCCCAGGGGACCUCGGGAUCUGGAUAGACCCCAUUGACUCCACCAACGAGUUCAUCGGGGGCCGCGAGGACGUGGCCGCCGUCGAUGGCGUCGCCCCCGGGGGGCUGCGCUCGGCCCUGGUGCUCGUGGGGGCCUUCGAGCGCCACAGCGGGGUCCCCGUGCUGGGGGUCAUCAACGAGCCCUUCUUCCAGAGGGACCCCCAGACACACAGGUGGCAGGGUCGCUACCACUGGGGGGUGGCUCACGGUGCCACCCGCCUGUGCUCGCUGUCCCCUCCUGUGCCCCGCGCCCGUCCCCGCGUGGUGCUGAGCCGGGCCGAGAGCGCGGCGGUUCGGGGGGCUCUGGCCUCGCUGGGGGGGGGUCCCCCGGUUCUGGCGGCCGGCGCCGGCUACAAGCUGCUCUGCGUGGCGCUGGGGCUGGCGGACGCCUUCGUGCUCUCGCAGGGCACGACGUUCGCGUGGGACUCGUGCGCCCCGCACGCCGUGCUCCGGGCCCUGGGCGGGGCCGUGCUGCCCCUGGCGGGGGCGCUGCGGGCGGGGGGCGGCCCCGGGGACCCCCCCGAGCUGCGCUACCACCGGCCCGGCCCGGGAACCGGGCCCGAGCGCUGGGCGAACCGCGACGGGCUCGUGGCGUUCGUGCAUCCGCCGGUGCUGCGGGCGGUGCUGGCGGCGCUGCGGGGGCUGGGGGAGCUGGGGGGCGAUGGGGAUUUGGGGGGCACGGGGGGCGUGGGGGGGGGCACGGGGGGCGAUGGGGAUUUGGGGGGCACGGGGGGCGUGGGGGGUUCGGAGGACACGGGGGACAAUGGGGACAUGGGGGACAUGGGGACCACGGGGGGCUUGUGA